AUGCCGCCGGUCAACGACCGCGUCCUGAACUGGCUCUACAGCGUUCUGACUAAUGAAUACUCGGACGUGAACCGCACAUACAACGACGCCGCCGAAGCUCUCGCGCAGUACCCGUCGCUGUCCCCACGAACAGACGUUUACAAAUAUCCUCGUAGAGCUUUCAUCUCUUUGAAUGCGCCCGCCGUCCACCCGCUAAUCAAUGUCGUUUUCGCCGUCGUCGCAGCCUACGAAAAUGGCGUCCCCGCCCUUCUGCUCCUUCUCAGUGGCACCCUGCCCGUCCAGUUUCGUGGCGCAAUAUACCGGUUUCCGAUAGCGCUUUGGGUCCCUCAUGACUACCCGCGCGAGCCUCCGAUGGUUUAUGUCACACCGACACAGGAUAUGCUGAAAUCAUCCAUAUCAGACUUCCUUACCGUCCUCCGUGGUGUCUUUGCAAAAGAGCCACCGGUCGUCGCGAAGCAAGACCAAUUUGGCUCUCCCCAACCGACAGCAAGUCCAGCACCGCCUCCAGUUCCUCCUCCGCCGGAAGAGUGGAGAAGGCAGAUGCAGCCGCCACCUACAGCAUCACCAGCCCCUACCUCUGAUCAGGCGCCGCCUCCUCCUCCUAAGCCACCAAAGGAUACGGGUGCAGUGAAUGGUACUCACAGCCGCCUCCUUUGCCACCACAACAGCAGCAGCAAGCACCCGGCUACCAAGCACCUCCUGGCCUCCCGCAGUAUUCCAUAUCAGCAAUACCCGCAACAGCAACCGCCAUACAUGCCCACACCCCCAUCCGGCCCUCAAUUCGCACAACCACCCCCACAACAACCACCCCAACCCAAACCCCCCGUCCCCGACCUGCUCACCUCCGAGCUCGACGUCCAACUCCCGUCCCAAACCUCGUCCGACAUCCCGCUCCCCGUGCCCCCCGUGCCGCCCAACCCGCAAAAGGACGCGCUCCUCUCGGCCCUCUCCAGCGCCCUCGUCGCGCAGACGACGCAGACUGUCCAAGGCAACAUCGCCGCCGUCCCGGCCCUGCGCGCGCAGGGCGCCGCGCUGCGGGCCGCCCACGCGCGCCUGCAGCAGGAGCUCGACCAGCUGCAGCGGCUCGACGCGGCGCUAGCGUCCAACGAGCGCGUGCUAGCCGACGCCAUGCGCGAGGCCGACCGCGCCAUGGACGACGCUCGCACCCGCACCGUGCCUGACGUCGACGACACGCUCGUCGCGCCUACCGUCGUCGGUGGUCAGCUUUGGGGCUUGGUGGCGGAGGAGAGGGGGCUUGAGGAGGCGAUUUUCUUGCUUGGCCGUGGAUUGGAUCGCGGGAGGGUGGGGGCCGAGGUGUUUGUUAAGCAAACGAGGAGUCUGGCUCGUGAGCAGUUCCUGAAGAAGGCGCUGAUCAAGAAGAUCGCGAAGGGUAUGGGAUUGGAUGAGAAUGUCGAAUACGGACUGCGGUCCGGGUACUAG